AUGCGUACAAAUGACAAGGAUGCAUUCUUUGUGGCAGACCUGGGGGAUGUCCUUAAGAAGCACCUUAGAUGGGCACGGUCCUUGCCUCGUGUCACACCUUUCUAUGCUGUGAAAUGCAAUGAUAGCAGAGCUGUUGUAAAGACACUGGCAACACUGAGAGCGGGAUUUGAUUGUGCAAGCAAGGCUGAGAUCCAGCUUGUGCAGUCUCUGGGAGUGGAGCCCAGUAGGAUCAUUUAUGCCAACCCAUGUAAGCAGGUGUCGCAGAUCAAGUAUGCUUUUGCACACGGCGUGCAAGUGAUGACCUUUGAUAGUGAAGUGGAGCUGAUGAAGGUUGCUCGUAGCCAUGACAAUGCCAAACUAGUGUUGCGUAUAGCUACAGAUGACACUAAGGCAAUAUACAGACUGAGUGUGAAGUUUGGAGCCACGCUGAAAAACAGCAGGCUGCUUCUGGAGCGGGCAAAGGAGCUGGGCCUGGACAUCAUUGGUGUCAGCUUUCAUGUAGGCAGUGGCUGCACUGACCCAGAGUCAUUCAGCCAGGCCAUUGCAGAUGCACGCUGUGUCUUCGACAUGGGGGCUGAAUUGGGCUACAAUAUGACUCUGCUGGACAUCGGUGGUGGCUUCCCUGGCUCUGAUGAUUGCAAGCUGAAGUUUGAGGAGAUUACUGCUGUGAUCAACCCUGCACUGGAUAAGUACUUUCCUGCAGACUGUGGCGUGAGGAUAAUUGCUGAGCCUGGCCGAUUCUACGCAGCCUCUGCAUAUACACUAGCUGUCAACAUCAUUGCUAAAAAAGUCAACAUGAUUGAGGAGUCUAGCUCUGAUGAUGACGGGACCAGUGACAGAACUAUAAUGUACUACGUCAAUGAUGGUGUUUAUGGAUCUUUCAACUGCAUGUUUUUUCAUCACACACAUGUGUUUCCCAUUGUGCACAAGAAACCCAAGCCUGAUGAGCACACGUACCCAUGCAGUAUUUGGGGUCCCACCUGCGAUGGCCUGGACCGCAUUGUGGAGCUGUGUACUCUACCUGACCUGCAGAUCGGAGACUGGCUCCUGUUUGAAAACAUGGGUGCUUACACCGUGGCCGCCUCGUCCACCUUUAAUGGCUUCCAAAAACCAGACAUCCAUUAUGUCAUGUCCAGAUCAGCUUGGCAAUGCAUGCAGCAGAUUCAUGCCCAGGGGAUGCCAUCUCUGGUGGAGGAACAGAACCCUGUGAACAUGCCAGGCCACUGUGGGCAUGGAAGCACCCUGGAGCUGCCUGCUAAGCCCUCUGCCACCUGUGUGCUCUAAGUCAACAUAGAUGCAGUACAGAGAGGUGCUGUGCUACCUUAGUUUGUUGUGGUGCCCAGUUCACAAUGACCCUUGUAAUUGGUCCAUGGUGCAUGUGCCUGAAAUAUAGCAGAUGCACAAAUUUACUUUUUUUUUUCUCCAAUUUUUUUUUAAAUUCUAAAUAUGUCCUUGCUUCCUUUUUAUAUAGUUGCUUAACCAGAGAAUAGAGAAGAACAUGGAUGUCUUUCUAUUUCCUGUGUUCAGUAGUAGUUUAUUACAGUUUCGCAACCCACUCUCCAAAGCAUACAGUGAGUUACACCAUCAGUGCAAUGGAGUUUGACUAUAUUUAACCACUACAAUGGACCACAGAAUUCACGAGCCUGGCAUGUGAUUUUUUUUUCCCUCUCCUUUUUUUUUUGGCCUCUUCUGACCAUUCGCAGAAACCAUACACAUUCCUCUCUUGUUUCUUUUCUUUUAAAAGAGCAUUUGUGUUGGUAUGGUAGUAAGACAAUAAUGACACUAAUGAUAAUUAAAAGCACCAUUAUUUAUGACCAUGAUGAAUUUGGAAAUGGAUACGAAAGAGAUGGGAUUGCAUUCAUAUUGCUUUCCUAUGGAAACUUUUUAAAGUGUUUUUGUAUUUUAUUUGUUUUUAUAAAUAAAACCUCAAUAAAACCA